ACUGUCGGUGGCAAGAUCAGAUCACAAGUCACAACACAAGGGAACAAAACAAAAUAGUUGGUGUAAGAAAAACGCUACUCAUUUUAUUUAUUUAUCUUUCCAAAUCUCAAAUGCUUUCUACUUUAACUCGCUGCUGCAUACUCAGAUUACCUUUACCUGCUGCUGCUCUUCCUCUUUCUUCUUGUUUUUCUUACAAUUACAAUAAUCCAAUCUUGUCAUUCUCUUCUCUUCCAAACAACAAACCUAUUAUUAUUCAUAAACCAAUUUUGACAACUCUAACCCCUUUGUCUUUCACUUUAAGAACAGAUCACACCAUGGCCUCUCAAUCCAACCCCCAAUCAAUUCACGAUUUCACCGUUAAGGAUGCUAAGGGUAAUGAUGUUAAUCUCGGUGACUACAAAGGAAAGGUCCUUCUUAUUGUCAAUGUUGCCUCCCAAUGUGGCCUCACCAACUCAAAUUACACUGAGCUCACUCAGUUGUAUGACAAAUACAAAUCAAAAGGUUUGGAAAUUCUGGCAUUCCCUUGCAAUCAGUUUGGAGGACAAGAACCUGGAUCUCUUGAAGAGAUACAAAACACUGUGUGUACUCGCUUCAAAGCCGAGUUUCCCAUCUUUGACAAGGUUGAUGUGAAUGGUGACACUGCUGCUCCAAUCUACAAGUAUCUAAAGUCAAGCAAAGGUGGACUCUUUGGGGAUGGUAUCAAAUGGAACUUUGCAAAGUUCCUUGUUGAUAAAAAUGGGAAUGUUGUUGACCGUUAUGCACCCACAACUUCUCCUCUGAGCAUUGAGAAGGACUUGGUGAAGUUGCUUGGUGCAUGAAGUUAUUUAUGAUUGAAACCUGGAAUAAAUGAAUAUGAAUGAUAAGAAUAUUACUAUUUCCUAUGUGAAUAAAGGAAUGUAUUGCAGACAGAUGUUGGUGCAAUUUUCCCCCCUCCCUUUUGUAUACUUACCCAAACAGUUGUUUUAUAUCUCUGAUCUUAGUUCAAUCUUCAUGAGAUUGUGUACUUGUGAAUGUAAAUGAUUACUAAGUUCCGUUUAGCCA